UGUGUGUGUGUGAGGGGGUGUGUGAGAGAGAGAGUGUGUGUGAGAGAGAGUGAGAGAGAUGCGCUCUUAUGUAUUGGCACCCCAUCCCACCUGCCCCACGCGCAGUGUUGAGGACACGUCUACAGUGACCUACAGGACAAAAUGAAUAAAUGACUACAGGAGGUGUUCGUUGUUAUGGGACGUUUUGUCCUUCCACACUGCUCUCACGACGCGUUUCGUCUCUUAUGGCCUUCCACAACGAGCAUCUUCUCGGAGCUCCUACGUCACGCGGCGGCGCAGCUCCUACCGGUGGAAAGCGCGCAGGACGGAGCGCGUAAAAGCCCCAACACGGCCUCCAUUUAGCACCAGAGCCCCCGACAGGAAUGGAGACACAUCGCGCAUCCUGCAGCGGACGCAUCGCGGACACCGUGCAGUGAGCAGGCGGAUCGUGGAGAUGCCUACUCCUGAGCCGGGGCCUGUAGCAGAGGAGGAGGAGGUGCAGAGCUGUGAGGAAGGAACCAGCGCCAGCAAGAUGGAGAUGGAAAGCACCACCACCAACAUCCUGGCCUCCGUCAAAGAGCAGGAGCUCCAGUUUGAACGUCUGACCAGAGAGCUUGAGGUGGAGAGGCAGAUCGUGGCCAAUCAGCUGGAGCGAUGCAGGUUGGGGGCGGAGUCUCCAGGUGCAGCCAGUGACAGUUCCUCUGAGAAGUCUCUGCUGUGGAGGUCAGCAGACUCCUCUGCAGCAGGUCUGUCGAAGCUUCACCCCUCUGACGACUGUCCUUCACCUACCUUCGGGAUCAGAGGUCAAAGGUCACCGUAUUCACCCGAACUGGAGCAAAUCUCCUUGCAUGAAAGGUCGGCGGCAAACUCACGCAGCUCAACCCAGAUGAACUCGUAUUCUGACAGUGGCUAUCAGGAAGUCAGUGGUUACUAUAGCAACUUAGUGACCCCCAGGAGGUCAGAGGGACGGUCCCAGUCAACAAGCUCCGCCCCUAGCUUCAGUCCAAGCCUGGCCAUGGGGUCCAGGGCGGAGGGACAAGCGCUAACGCAGAUGUCAGGUGGCCGUGUAAUGAGGCGUGUCAGUUCAGUGCCCUCCCGUGCCUCUUCUCCAGUCUACGCCCCCUCCACGCCCCCCUCUCGCCCUACCUUGGGAAGCCCCUAUGGUUCGCCCAUCAUUUCUGAGCCCCGCCCACUGCCCAGUAUCUUUCCUGGCACCACGCUCCCUCCUUCCUCUGACCCUCUCCAGUCUGCGUAUCCCGGGCACCACAGGGACGGCGUGAGCUCCCCGACUCUGCUGCGCUCUGGUAUGGCGGCGCAGCCGCAGCACUACGGGACGCUGGGAAAACAUGAUGCACAGGCUUACGACAGCACGCACUCCUCGUUCGGGGAACGGGCAUAUGAUUUCUUCGAUAGGAUCGUUCUGUCCAGGCCAGAUAGUCUUACAGGCCUACAGAGCUCCUAUAGUCAACACAGCCAGCUGGGUCAGGAAACCCGAUCUCCGGAUCACCCCGGAGCGUCCGCCUACGACGACAGAACCUUCCAGAACCCGCUGUACCAGAGCCCGACCCACGGCUCUCAGAGCGGCCUGUCCAGGAACACAGGGUUAGGGACUCUGCCGAGGACCACCAGUCAGUGUAGUACCCUGCGCUACCAGAGGGGUGCAUACUCCAUACCCUCACACACUGACACCUAUCACUCCAGUCUUUACCGAUCAGCCGAGUCCAACUACAGCAGGCACGCACUCAGCAUCAACAAUAACAUCAGCGCCACACGAUCGCCGUCGAUUGACAGCAUUCACAAAGAUCCUCGGGAGUUUGCAUGGAGAGAUCCAGAGCUGCCGGAGGUCAUCCGCAUGCUGCAGCAUCACUUCCCCUCAGUGCAAGCCAAUGCUGCAGCCUACAUUCAGCACCUGUGUUACGGAGACAACCGCAUUAAGGCUGAGGUUUGUCGGCUUGGAGGGAUCCAGCAUCUGGUCGAUCUUCUGGAUCACAAAGUUCUGGAGGUGCAGCGCAGUGCGUGUGGCGCUCUCAGGAACCUGGUGUUCGGCAAAGCUACCGACGACAACAAAGUGUGUGUAAGGAACGCCGGAGGAAUCCCGGCUCUGCUCCGCCUGCUGAGGAAAACCUCGGAAUCAGAUGUACGUGAGCUGGUGACCGGUGUGUUGUGGAACUUAUCGUCGUGCGACGCCGUGAAAAUGACGAUCGUGCGCGACGCUCUCGGCCCUCUCACCAACACGGUCAUUAUCCCUCACUCCGGGUGGGGCGCCGCUCCUCAGAGAGAGGACCAAAAGCUCAAGCUGCACUCCUCCGUGGUGCUGAGGAACACCACUGGAUGCCUUAGAAACCUGAGCUCAGCCGGUGAAGAGGCACGCAGGCAGAUGCGCUGCUGCAAGGGUCUGAUUGAUUCCCUGCUCUACAUCAUCAAAACGUGCGUCAACACCUCCGACUUCGACAGCAAGAUUGUUGAGAACUGCGUGUGCACCCUGAGGAACCUGUCCUAUCGUCUCGAGCUAGAGAUGCCGCCGUCCAGGCUGAUGGGCACGCAGGAACUGGACAUGCUCCUGGGCAACGAUCCGUCCAGCAAGCAAAUGGACUUCAUCUGCUGGGGUUUAAGGAAGAAAAAGAAGAAGAGGUCCUGGCAGGAUCAGCAGUGGGACGGCGUCGGACCGAUCCCAGGAUUCUCCGGGAGUCCGAAGGGGGCGGAGAUGCUUUGGCACCCUUCGGUCGUGAAGCCGUACCUCACCCUGCUGGCCGAGAGCUCCAACCCUGCCACGCUGGAGGGGGCAGCUGGGUCUUUACAAAAUCUCUCAGCUGGGACCUGGAGGUUUGCAGCUUAUAUCCGAGCGGCGGUGCGUAAGGAGAAGGGUUUGCCCAUCCUGGUUGAGCUGCUGAGGAUGGAUAACGACAGGGUGGUGUGUUCGGUAGCUACGGCGCUGCGAAACAUGGCUCUGGACGCCAGGAACAAAGAGCUGAUUGGUAAGUACGCCAUGCCGGAUCUGGUGACUCGACUCCCGGGUCACGGACCCUCGCUGCUGUCGGACGAGACGGUGGCGGCCGUGUGCUGUGCUCUUCAUGAGGUCACCAGCAGAAACAUGGAGAACGCCCGUGCACUCGCUCAGGUGGGCGGCAUCGACAAGCUCGUCAGCAUCAGCCGAGGACGAGGGGAGAGAUAUUCCAUGAAGGUGGUGAAAGCUGCAGCGCAGGUUCUGAACACGUUGUGGCAGUACAGAGAUCUGCGCAACAUCUACAAAAGGGACGGAUGGAACCAGAACCAUUUCAUCACCCCAGUGUCCACACUGGAGCGAGACCGGUACCGAUCACAGCCCACGCUUCCUACCAGCAACUUACAGAUGUCACCUGUCAUCCAAUCAGGUGGUAGCGCCACGUCCUCCCCGGCUAUGCUGGGAAUCCGAGAGCAUCGCUUGAGUAAGAGGAGGGCUCAGUCUUCUAUGCAACUUCAUAACUAUUAUGGAGACGCCAACAGAAACAAAACUUUGUUCACAGGGUCAGGAAAGCAUUCUGCCUAUUUCAUAAGCUCCUAUCCUUCUCCUUCCCAUGAGGACCCUCAGAGGUCACAGCAGCUCGGCCAGCUGUACUACUCGGAGGAGCCGACUCAGAGGCCCUACGACACAUACGGAAUUUAUUUGGGGUCUCCGAUGGGUUACGACGACCCGUAUCUGGACGAGCCGCUUCACUACCCUGUGGUGAGCGAGAGGCAGGCGCUGAAGCGCAACACCAACUAUGUGGACUUUUACUCCACCACACGCAGGCCUUCUUACCGUGCUCAGACCUACCCUGCUUCUCCAGACUCAUGGGUGUAGGCACGAGUGUGUGUGUGCGUGUGUGAGAUGUUACAUCAUUCUAGUGAGAAGAUUUGGAUGCAGAAUUUAUCCCUAUAAAGUUGUGUGGCUAAAGUGAUGUGGAAGUGACAGGUUCAUUUUCAUCUAAGGGACUGUGUCCGGGUGUGUGUGAGCGUGUGUGUGUGUGAGCCUGUGUGUGAGCCUGUGUGUGAGCCUGUGUGUGUGUGUGUGUGAGCCUGUGUGUGAGCCUGUGUGUGUGUGUGAGCGUGUGUGUGUGUGAGCGUGUGUGUGUGUGUGAGCAUGUGUGUGUGUGAGCGUGUGUGUGAGCGUGUGUGUGUGUGUGUGUGAGCGUGUGUGUGAGCGUGUGUGUGUGUGUGUGUGAGCGUGAGUGUGUGUGUGAGCGUGAGUGUGUGUGUGCGUGAGCGUGAGCUUGUGUGAGCGUGAGUGUGUGAGCGUGAGCGUGCGUGAGCGUGAGCGUGCGUGAGCGUGUGUGUGCGUGAGCGUGUGUGUGCGUGAGCGUGUGUGAGCGUGUGAGCGUGUGUGAGCGUGUGAGCGUGUGUGAGCGUGAGCGUGUGUGAGCGUGAGCUUGUGUGUGCGUGUGUGUGUGCGUGUGUGUGUGAGCGCGUGUGUGUGUGAGCGUGUGUGUGAGCACGUGAGCAUGUGUGUGUGUGAGCAUGUGUGUGAGCAUGUGUGUGAGCAUGUGUGUGUGAGCAUGUGUGUGUGAGCGUGUGUGUGUGAAUGCGUGUGUGUGUGUGUGUGAGUGAGUAAGACUAAAAAAUUAACUAUAAUGAUACAUAACAUAUAUAAGCUGUGAGCGUGUGUGUGUGAGCGUGUGUGAGUGUGAGUGUGUGAGUGAGUAAGACUAAAAAAUUAAGUAUAAUGAUACAUAGCAUAUAUAAGCUGCGUGUGUGUGUGUGUGUGCGCCUGUGUGUGUGACAGAAAUAAACUACUAUGAUACAUUGCAUAUAUGGUCCGUGUGUGUGUGAGAAAGAAAUAAACUACUAUGAUACACUGUGUAUAUGGUCGUCUGUCUGCGUGUGUGUGUGUGUGUGUGUGUGUGUGUGUGUGUGUGUUGCAUCACAGUAACUUAAAUGAAAAUUAAAGUACUUUAAUCUGAGGUUGAAUAAUAAGUUCUAUACUGUAUGUGAGCCAAAGAAGGAUAGAUAACAGUCAUAUUUAUAAUAUUUAUCUUUUAUUUAUUAGCACCUUUUUCCUUUUUCACACACAUACGCUACACCUUCCGAGGAUCAAAACCACACCAGCUUUUGUUCUCCAUUUUUCCUUCGUGUUUUGUUUUUUUAAUGGCAUGUUGAAAGAAUGUUGAAGUCAUUAAAACAAUGAAACUGUAGUUUAAUUAUAUGUCCAGUUAUGAUGAAGAUCUCGACUCAAUAAUGACGUACUGUGCAAUGGUAACAAAAUGUCCCCUUGUCCGGUCUCGUGGAUGUAUUUACUGUUACAGAGUAGUGUGUGUGUGCCACGGACUCGUGUACAGAUCUGUCGGUGUGCUGUAAAACGUGUAGUGUGUGUGUGUGUGCACCGCUGCACAACAUCCUGUGUCACAUGACAUAGACGUGUAGAGCAGAGCCACCAGUUAGAGACUUU